CACAAACACGGAAAAUAACACCCUAUUGUGUUUUGUCAUCCUGGUGAAUCAAGGUGGAUAAGACAAGCCGUGAAGACUUGGCUUUAGGUGAAGCGGCUCGGUGUGGCAGGGAAGAGUAGUGCAGCGGGUUAGUGUAGCCACGACCAGCAGUGGAGAGGACGUGUGUCCUAUCUCUCUCUCUCUCUCUCUCUCGUACAACACAUCCCCGUGUAGCUACAGGAAAGAAGUGCGGCGUCGUGAGGUGGCUGAGGCAGCAGUAAGAAGAGUCGUGAGGUGGCUGAGGCAGCAGUAAGAAGAGUCGUGAGGUGGCUGAGGCAGCAGUAAGAAGAGUCGUGAAGUGGAAGAGGCAGCAGCAGCUCGGCCAGGUGGUGUACCUGCUGGUGCAGCUGCAGGAUGGAGCAGUUACUGAGGUGGACGUGGGUGUUAGCGUUCGUGGUGAACGCUCUGUUCAGCGUCGUAGAGGCCCAGACCCGCAGGGAGUGCGUGGAUAAGGAGCCGGUUCUGUGCAAGAUAUUGGCUAAUCGAGGUAACUGCAGUUCCAAUCAGAGAGAAAUGCUGCAGUUAUGUCCACUUUCCUGCAGAUUCUGCAACCCCACAUCGAGACCCUCGUCGGGUGCUUCUCCAGGUCCCGCUUUGCGCCCUAACUCGCGCCCCACUAUCACCAAACCUAGUUUUCCAUGUGGCGUGCCAAUAGUCUCCAGGCGCACUCCAAAUGCACCAAGAGGAUCUAGUUUCUCCAGCUUCACCAGGGACUCUAGUCGUCCUAGAAAUCCUUCAGGAAGCCUCCCCAACAGGCGGAGGAGAGAAGCAGAUCCUCAGCUUGGUACCCCACAGAGCACCAAAACUGAAGACUCCACAUCCACUACAGCUCCUGUGAAGCUGAGUAUUAAGGACACAUUCUGUGGAGCUACACCAAUCUCAGACAGGUUCCUGCUGACGGCAGCGUACUGUGUCUUCGACCCCGACCACCCGCUGAGUUCAGUGAGGCUGGGAGAACUAGACUUUUCACAGGAGAACGAAACCAACUCUCGCCCCAGAGACUACAGUAUUGAAACCAUCUUCGUUCAUCCUGACUAUGACCCCGCCUCGCCGGUACGCUACAAUGACGUAGCGUUGCUGCAGACAAGUGAGAAGAUAGAAUUCAAUAAAGUGGUAUUUCCUUACUGCGUCGCCGGCGUUCGACCCCCUACGGACUCCUGGGUUACAGGUUCAGGCUUUGGCCUCGUCAAUGAGACCCAUAAAUCUCCCAUCCUGCAAGAGGCGGAUUUGAAGGUAAUAUCCUCAGCCAAGUGUGAGGAAGUGUACGAAGAGAAGAACCUGAAGAAGCAGCUGCAGGUUGCUUACCCGAAGCUGCUGCAGGGCAGAGACGUCAUGUGUGCUGGCUACGAGGGCAGAGGAUUAUGUAAAGGUGACGAGGGAGGUCCACUCUCCUUGAAGAACAAGCAAGGUCAGCUCUACCUGGUGGGGAUCGCUAGCUACGCUGGCAGCUGUGAGAAGGAAUCUAUCAUGCCUGGCAUCUUUACCAGCGUAGCUGACCACAUUGACUUCAUCGACAGCAUCUUGUAUGAGCCACAUUAACUGCAUCUUGUAUGAUCAACGUUAACAGCAUCUUGUAUGAGCAAUAUUAACAGCAUCUAUUGCCAGCAACAUUAACAUCACUUUGUGCAAGUAACAUUGACUGCAGUGUUUUUGUAGCAAAUAAAUGAUUCUCCUGUAUAUCUGAGAACUGUCCAUGUGAGCUAAGUAGUACAUUCUUCCGGCUUAGGGUGUGACCCAUACGGGUUUAACGUAUUUUCAAGGUUCGGAGACUCUUACUGAUUUUGUAUUCGUAACAGACAGAAACUUGACUCAGUUGUGUCAAAUGUUACACGUUAGUAGAAUUGUUCAAAAGCUAAUUAAAGGGCAGGUCUGAACAUAUUGUGUGUCAGACACCUGGAGGGAAGUGUGAGACACCUGGAGGGAAGUGUGAGACACCUGGAGGGAAGUGUGAGACACCUGGAGGGAAGUGUGAGACAAAUGGAGGGAAGUGUCAAACACCUGGAGGGAAGUAUCCUCAGGUUUACGAAGGAGUCUUCAUAGAGUUUACUGGAGAAGUUAUGAUAUAAAUUACCCAUAAAUAUGAAAUAAGACACAUGUACAAUGUCAGGAUAUUUUACGGAGGAAACGUUUCGCUGUGAAGAGUUUCUCCAUUCCUCGUGGCGAAGCGUUCCCCUUACCGAAAAAUUUUAACACCGCACAUGCGCCUAACAUCACAGUCGGCUGGAACUACUCUUGUCUCCCUCAGAUCACUCCUCUUUACCUCCCAUCCUCCAGGAGCACUAUAAUCCCAAAAUCUGAAAUCUCGAGGUUGUAUCCACACGUUGCACUGGCGAGGUCAGUCAUCUGUUACUUCAUCAGACCGUAAACCAAUAAUGAUAAAUGAUUUUAGUGGUAAUAAGAUGCUUAAAACUGACUGCAAUUUUAUAUCCAUACUGAAUUGUGUAGAUUAGCUCAGCUUAGUAAAAUAUAAAUUGUAAUAUAUGAAAUAACAUUUAUAUGUUUAAAGAUAUAACGUUACAGAAUUGAGUCUGAAGAACGCCCCUUGUGACCUCUGUAAUUCUGGUCUUGUUACUCUAGCGUUCACAGGACGAGCUGCGGGAGCACAAUAAACUAGCCGCUCAGCCGGCACGAGUGACUUACCUACAGGUUUAGCGUUUUUCCAUGAUUAAAAAAUAAAUAGAUAAUAAGCAAUAAUAUUAAUAAGACCGUAAAUGUAAGCCACUUGAACAAGGCUAAUAUAUAUAUAUAUAUAUAUAUUUUAUAUAUAUAUAAUAUAAUAUAUAUAUUAUAUAUAUAUAUAUGUAAUAUAUUAG